AUUCGAACUCGACGUCAUGGCACCUUAAAAUGGCCAACAAACAAAUUUUAAUUUCAACUUUAUUCUAGCAAGUUUACAGCUAAUAUUUAUAUCAGAUAAUGUCUUCGCUUGCUGCUGAUGUUAUAGACCCGGAUGUGGCAGAUACCUUUUUGACAUGUUCAGUCUGUGAAGAACCUUUUAAGAAUCCCGUUGGACUUCCAUGUCUUCAUUCCUUUUGCAAAGAAUGCCUGACUAAACAUAUAUUGUCAACAACGAAAGCACAGAAGAAUCCGAAAGCCUUUACCUGUCCGAAAUGCAAACGGCAUGUAGAUUCACCAGAUCCACAUCAACCGCCUCAUUCAUGGGCCGAUUUAUUUCCACCCAACCAUUUUGUACUAAGUUUAAUGGAGGGUGUAAAAAUAAGAAGUGAUUCUCAAAAAUGCGACCCAUGUUCAAGGAGAAAUGAGAAAGUCAUUGCUAUAAGGUGGUGCAAAGAAUGUGGUGAAGCAUUAUGUCAGCAAUGCGAAGGGUUCCAUAGGUCAAUGAAAUAUUCACAGCACCACCAUUUGGUUAGUAUGGAGGAACUAAAAACUCAACCAAUCAAAAACACCGUAUCAAGACCACCAUGUCCAGAUCACGAGGGAACUCUUCUCGGUUUCUUUUGUGAAGAUCAUAACCAGGUCGUCUGCUCGUCAUGCGUAACUAUUGAUCAUCGAAAAUGCAAACACGUCACGACAACUGCAGAAGCAGCCGAAAAGCAAUACGUAGAUGCAGAAACUUUGUCAGAAAAGUUGAAGCUUCAGCGUGAUUGGUCACGUCGUAUUGCUGAAAACAGAAGACACAGCGCACGUGUUCUCGAGGAUUCAACCAAUCAAAUUCGGCACCAGAUAACAAGCAUACGACAACAAAUAAAUGACCUACUUGUCCAAAAAGAGGUAAAGAUACUAGAGGAACUGAAAACUGCACACGCUGAAGAAAAAGAACAAUACGACAAAGUUAUAGAAACAUGUGAUGGUCUGGUGAGCACGACGGAAAACGCAAUCGCUUUAAUUCAAAAUUCAAUGCGCCAUGGUUCCGAUACGGAUGUCAUUCUUGCCAUAGAUAAUGUAAAAAAUGAAUCUCAGUCCUGUGAGAACAAGUUGGCAGAUUUAACAACCAGGUUAAAAGAUCUGUUCAUCAAUUUCAGCGCAGAUAGCACCUUGCAAGCAGUCGUUAACGGGUUAGAUGAUCUAGGUAGACUGACCACAACUCAAGCAAAUGUCAAUCUUACCGCACCAUACAACGUAGAACCGAUGACUUAUCGCAGCGAUCACACACAUCGGGAUCAUAUUCAUCAUGAACACACACAUCGGGAUCAUAUUCAUCACGAACACACACAUCGAGAUCAUAUUCACCACGAACACACACACCGGGAACACGACCACAAUGACCGCACACAUCGUGAACAUCAGCAUCACGAAACUCGGCAUACCCAUACACACCGUGAUGAUAAACGCAGAGAAAUAGAGAUUGAAUCUGUUCGUAGCCUGCCGUUGUCUCCAAUUAGUACUGCACGAAAAUCACCUGUUGCUAUGCCACCAGCAGCACACCAGAGAAAGGCAUUAACACCUCCUUAUGAAAUUGCAAGAUCACCAGUAGUAACACCCCGUAAACUUAGGAAACGAAGUCCAAGCCCACUUCCACCAUUAAUGCUUCCGAAAUCGGUUUCACCAUUUCCAUACAAUCGGAUUAUACCGAGGCCAGCAACAUUAGAAACAUUUUUCAAGGGUCGAACUAGCAAUGAUCGUGAAAAUUGCUGUUUUACUGGAGCGGAUAUAAUUCAGGACGGCAGAAUUAUUCUAUGCGACCAAACCCAUAGAAAAGUGAAAGUGUUUAAUCACAACUACCAGUGGUGUGGGGAAAAGGUGUUGUCUGCUAAACCGUACGAUGUGUGUUGUAUCGGAGGUUCUGAUAUUGCAGUUACGCUUCCGACUGAGAAGAAAAUGCAACUGUAUACUGUACGCGAUAGCGAUUUCAUAUGCAUUGCAAACAUCCAGACCGGUGCAAAAUGUUAUGGAAUUGCAUAUGCUCAAAAGAAAUUUGCAGUAUGCUGUUUCUCGGCACCGCCCUCUGUUAAAUUGAUGUCUCGGGAUGGUCGGGAGUUAAAAACCAUUGCACGAGAUAUGGCCGGAAAUGACUAUUUCAAUUUUCCAGAUUAUGUAGCCAUGGACAAGAAUACAAGGAACAUCUACGUGACAGACAGAUAUCGUAAAAGUAUAUCUUGUAUAACUGCACUAGGCGAAAAACGGUGGGAGAUUCGUUACGACAACCUGAAAGUACCACGUGGGAUAGCCGUGUACGGAAGUAAAGUUUUUGUAGCCGGAUGUCGAUCUCACACCAUCGUCCAGCUCAAUAUAGAUGGUGAUAUUCUUGGGGACAUCAUUUCGGAAGGCAUUAGCUAUCCAACCAAAAUAGUAGUUCACCCGAACGGAGAAAACAUCCUCGUAACACAACACCAAGCCACCCUAAUCGAUGUAGAGAAGAAUAUGGUGAAAAUCUUUAGCUUGAAUAAUCAGUGACAUUAAUAAAUGACAUUUAUUGAACCCAAAAAGCCAUGACGAUGAAACAAACUAAACAGAUAAAUUAGCAUGAACAAUUUUGAAAUGUUGGAAGCAAUACAAUAGUUGUUUCCUUCUUUCCCGUAGCUGGUCAUCUUUGAAUUUAAAUUAUUAGUUCUAAUGUAUUGUUUAUAUUUUAGAACUGAUUGGGACUAGAAUAUCAUAAAAUAUCAAAUGACAAAUUUAUAUUUCCUGGCUAACUUUAUAGAAUGUGUAUUUGUAGGUACAGACUGGGUUUUAUAAAGUUUCCUAUUUUUC